AUGGGGGUGACCUUGAAGGAUCUAGUUUUCAAGCAGUCGCAGACUGGCGAGGUUCAGAUGCCUCAAGACCUUAUUAUUCUAACAGUUUGCGCAGCUUGUGCAGCAGUUCAAAUUUCGGUGCAGCUGCUGGCAUUUCCCCUGGCGGUGCCGGAGCUGGAGCAGCGUAAACGUCUAAUCUCUGCUGGAUGGCACAGCCUUUUGGGAGCCUCAGCACCAGCAGCUCCAUGGAUCACAUUGACAUACUGGGUGUGCAACGUGGCCUUCAGCCUUUGCACCUUACGACUUGUGCGAAAAGCUUCAGCGGCCACAGUGGUUUUGGCCAAUGUUGCAGCCUUGCCACUGAGCGCGCUAGUUUUCUGCUGCCCUCUUCCACUGCUGGAGCGACAGCCUUUCCGGUGGUCGUUUGCUUGUAGUUUGAUCUUAGUGGUCGUCGGCAACUUGCUUUAUGGAAGCACCUCCUGGCGAAGAAGGUGA